AUGACAUCGACUCCAAUCGCAAGCAAGAUUAUCGCAAAGGCAACACGCGUGUCCAUUGAUCCCGCCCAUAUCGAGUACACCUCGGAUCGCCAAAGAAACGCCGUUGAGGCCCUCAUCAACGAAUUCACCGUCCAUCCUCAGAUGCUCCAGGAUAUCAAGGCCAACUUUAUGGAGGGCAUGAAAAAGGGCCUCAAGAAGGAUGGCGAGACCAUGGCCAUGGUCACCUCCUAUGUCAUGGGCCGUCUCGAUGGUUCAGAGGUCGGCUCGUACUUGGCCUUGGAUGUCGGUGGUACCAACUUGCGUGUCGUCGCUGUCCACCUCACCGGUGGUGGGGAGAUUACCACUCGUCAGACCAAAUACAGGAUUGACGAGAAGCUCAAGGUCGGCGAAGCUAAGGCCCUCUUCGACUUCAUGGCUGUCUGUGUCGACUCUUUCUUGGAUGAGCACCAGAUCGUAGUCCGUGGAGACACCCAGUUCGAGCUCGGAUUCACCUUCUCCUUCCCCGUCCUCCAGACCUCCAUCAACAGAGGAACUUUGAUCUCCUGGACAAAGGGCUUCAACGCCUCCGGAAUGGUCGGAAAGGACCCUGUUGCUUAUCUCCAGGACGCCUUCAACCGUCGCCACAUCCCCGUCCGCGUUGCUGCCCUGGUUAACGAUACCGUCGGAACCCUCCUCGCCCAUGCCUACAACCACCCUGACACCUGCAUGGGAGUUAUUCUUGGCACUGGAUGCAACGGUGCUUAUGUCGAAAAGAUCGAGAACAUUGCCAAGUGGAAGGGCGAUGCGACUGCCAAGGAGAUGAUCAUCAACAUGGAGUUUGGUGCCUUUGACAAGGAGCGUGCCAUCCUCCCCCUGACCAUGUUUGACAACAAGAUGGACAGAAAGUCAGUCAACCCCAACAAGCAAAUCCUCGAAAAGAUGAUUGCCGGUAUGUAUCUCGGAGAGAUCACCCGUAAUGUCCUCCUCAACCUGAUCGAUCGCCGCCUUCUCUUCGAGGGCUGCAUCUCACCCGAUCUCAACCAGAUGUGGACCUUUGAGACCGCCUACAUGUCGACCAUCGAAGCCGACGGAUCCGCCACCCUCCACGCCACCCGCAAGAUCCUCGAGUCGACCCUCAACUUCUCCAGCACAACCAUGAACGACCGCCAGAUCGUCAAGCUGAUCGUCGAACUGGUCGGCAAGCGUGCCGCCCGUCUCUCUGCCGCCGCCAUUGCUGGAGUCCUUGAGCAUACUGGCUCCUGGAAGGAGAAGGCUGCUAUUGGAAUUGAUGGGUCCUUGUUCGAGUACUACCCUAGCUUCGACACGGACAUUAUGGAUGGGUUGGAGGAGGUCUUUGGACCAACUGUCCGUCAGAAUGUCUCGAUCGGCUUGGCCCAGGAUGGAAGUGGUGUCGGAGCUGCUCUCUGUGCGCUCUUGGCCGCCAAACACUCUGGUUAG